UUUCCAGGAUUAUGCAUAUAGCGACUAACUAAGCUAACAGCCUGGGAGAUAUCAUGUCGUGUACACACCAUGACAUACAUUAAGCUUCCAACAAUACUUGCAUAUGAGACAUUCCUCAUGUAGUCUCGCUCUUCAUCAUCUUAGGAGACUGUAAUGCACUGGGCUUGAAAUAUGGGGCCAUAAGAGUACUCACCGGCUUUGUCUUCGAGUCGAUGUUGAAGCAUUGCAGUAUUCUCUUCAGAUACUGCUUAUGAGUAAGGUGAACUGUAUCUUUCACCCUAUCUCUAUUGAUCUACAUUUCCAAUAUUCUCCGUACUUUUUACAGAUCUUUCAUUUUAAACUCAUGACUCAACUGAGUUUUUAAACGACUUAUCUCCCCCUUGCUUUUACAUGCAAUUAACAUAUCAUCUACAUAUAAAAACAAAUAAAUGAAAGAUCCAUUUGCAAGUUUUCUGAAAUACACAGUGAUUGUAUUGGCAACGAGUGUAUUUCAGGUCCAUCAUAAAGCGGUUGAAACGCUUGUACCAUUGCUGAUGUGAUUGCUUCAAGCCAUAGAGAGACUUCUUCAGAUUGCAGACUCAAUUUUCUUUUCCAGCUUCUUUAAAACCUUUUGGUUGAGACAGAUAAAUCUCCUCUUCUAGAUCACCAUGUAAGAAAGCUGUUUUCAUAUCAAGGUAUAUUAACUCAAGAUUAUAUUGUGCAACCAAAACUAGCAAUAUCCAAAUGGAUGAAUGCUUCACAACUAGAGAGAAUACUUCACUGUAGUCAAUUCCCUCUGUCUGAGCGUAGUCCUUGGCUACCAACCUAGCUUUGUAUCGCACUCCAUUUUUAGCAGCUUGAUCAUCUUUCUGAUUAAAGAUCCACUUACAACCAGUUGUCUUAUUUCCUUUUGGAAGCGGCACUAGCUCCCAAGUUUAGUUUUGGUGAAGAGACUGUAUCUCUUCAUUCAUUGCCUUUGUCCAUUCGACUUGUUCACUGGACUGUGUGGCUGCUCUGUAAGUGGUUGGGAUCUCAUCCCCUUCAGCUGGUAGUGCAUAUAUCACGUAGUCUGCAAAACGUGUCGGUACAUGUUUCUCUCGUCUCGGCUUGUUGGUUGCUAUUGAUUCGGGUUGACAUGGAGGUAUUGUGACUGGACUAUCAAUCUUAUUUUGUCCAUGCUUUCCCGAAUUCUUUAAAGUAAUAAACUGCACAUUCUGCGAAUCAUCUGAUGUUUCACCAUCAUUGCUGCCUUCAUUGGAAUUUUUAUGCUUAUGUGACUUAAGCAUCUCAGAUUCGUUGAAUGUAACAUCUCUACUGAUAAUUAUCUUUUAGACUCUAUGCAUCAGAGUCUAUACCCUUUUACACCAGUACUAAACCUUAAAAAUUUUGCUUUCUUGACUUUAGGAUCAAGCUUACUUUCUUUAGUAUGAUAAUAAGCAGGAAAUUCGAAAACGUGUAAAGAGCCAUAAUCAGUAGCAUGUGUACCUCUCCACAUUUCAGUGGGUGUCUUCCUGUCAUUGUCAGCUGAGGGUAGUCGGUUGAUGAGGUGAUAGGCAUAUGUCAUAUCUUCAGCCCAAAACUGUUUAUUGAAUUCAGCAUCCAGUAACAUACAUCGUACUUUCUCUAAUAAAGUACGAUUCAUCCGUUCUGCCACGGUGUACCUCGUACCGUGAAGUGUCUAACAAUUCCCUCUCUCCAGCAUAUUUCCAUGAAGGGGUCUGAAGUGUACUCACCUCCAUUAUCAGAUCUAAGCCGCUUGAUUUUUCUAUCGGUCUGAGUCUCAAUCAUUUUCUUCCAAUCAAGGAAGAUUUUCAGCACUUCAUCUUUAUUCUUCAUCGUAUAUACCCACACACAACGAGAAUAAUCAUCCACAAAAGUUAUAAACCAAUGCUUACCUCCCAAAGAUACAUUUUGGGUAGGUCCCCAAACAUCGGAGUGUACGUAGUUAAGUAUCCCCUGUGUAUUGUGUAUAGCGGUUCCAAACUUGAUCCGCUUCUACUUCCCCAAUACACAGUACUCACAGAAAGAUAGUUUACCAGUCUUAGCACCUUUGAGUAAGCUUUACUUCACUAGUAUUUGCAAAGUUUUUUCUCCAGCGUGUCCUAUACACAUGUGCCAAAGACUGGUGGUGUCGGCAUCAGUCUCAUCUAUCUUCUCACAGCAUGUGGAAGCUCUUCCAUCAACAGUACUUCCUUGUAAGAAGUAUAAGUUUUCUCGUCUCAAACCCUUUAUAGACACCUGAACUCCCAUUAGUACUUUGAGAGUUCCAUCUUUAAUGGUGAUUUCGAGUCCCUUUGAAUCCAGAGAUCCCAGUGAGAUGAGAUUCUUCCGCAAAUCCGAAAUGUACCAAACUUCUGUCAGAGUCUUGAUGUUGCCAUCGUGUAGUUUUAAUCGAAUGUUACCUAUUCCCUGAAUCUUACAGGCAUUGUCAUUGCCCAUAAGUAUUGCUCCACCCUCAAUCUUUGUGAAAUCAGUAAACAGUCCCAAUUGGGACACAUGUGAUAGGUACAUCCGGAAUCUAUAAUCCAUUCAUCUGAAUGACAAAUGAAUGAUAAAAUUGUCAAGGAAAAAUCUGAAUCGUCAUCUUUGUCCACGACAUUGGCUGUGGUGGGUUGAUUCUACUAUUGUCCUUUCAGCUUGAGACAAUCUUUCUUCCAGUGUCCUUUGUUGUGAUAAAAGGAACACUUGUCUCUGGCGAGUUUUCUACCAACUGAUGAACCACGUGAUGUGGCCCGGGUUUUCGAUUGAAAACUUUUCUUCUUUCCAGGCUACCUUGACUGUGGUCUCUCUCUUGCUGCUAACGCUUUACUUGAUGUAUCUAGCUGUACCUGCUUAUCUUUUCUAUGGUACUCAUUGCUAAUUAAAGAACUAGAUAAAUCAUCAAAACUAAUUUUUUCCUUCCCAUACAGUAGUGUAGUAAUUAAAUGUUCAUAUGUAUCAGGCAAGGAAUUUAACAAAAGUAAAGUUUUAUCUUCAUCUUGGAUUUCAACAUCCAAGUUUAAUAAAUUAGCAAGAAUUUGAUUGUAACUAUUCAGAUGUUCAGACAUAGAUAUACCUUUAUGAAACUGGAAUCUGAAGAGUUUGUUUUCUUUUUUUUUUUAGUGCAAACGGCUCUCAAUGCUCUUCUUCAUAAAUUUAUCUUCUAAUUUCUGCAAAAGUUCCCUAGCACUUGUCUCUCUCAUGACAAAAUACUUCUGUUCUUUGGUAAGGCAUAACCGGAUUGUACUACAAGCUUGAGUAUUAAGCUUCCUCCAACAUUUUCAGUCAUAUCAUUUGGUCUUUCUUCCAGCGCAAUAUCCAACUCUUGUUGGAUCAAAACGUCCAUAACCUCACAUUGCCACAUGCCGAAGUUGUUGGUUCCAUCGAACUUCUCAACUUCAAAUUUGUCAUUUGAAACUGUGGACCUAUGUCCAGAGCUACUGGGAUUUCUAGCGUUCCUAUCUCUUCCAGAACCUUCCAUAUGAAUUUAGAAAAAUUUUGACAAAAAAUUUUAAAAUUCUAACCAUACGAAUGAGUCCAAAAUGAUUCAAAUAGUUAGAAAGCACUAUUUGAUUAUUGAAAUCGGACUCCAAAUGGCUUAGAUUAAGCCCAACAAGGUUUUGAAAUACAGACGGUGCAGAUCACUUGGCGCGUGAGAUACACGCGCUGAUAGGGGUGGUAAUUUGUGAUACGACCCGUUAACCCAACACGAACACAACACGAUAAAAGCGGGUUUGAGUUUAAUCUUAUCGGGUUCGGGUCAAAACGGGUUGACCCAUUAAGACACGAUUGCUUAACGGGUCACUAACGGGUCAACCCGUUUUAACCCGUUAAGACCCGUUAAAAAAAUAAAUUUACUUAUCUAUCCUUAGAUCCCUUCUAUCUAAAAAAAAAAGAAAAAAAAAGCCCUAAUCCUUAAUACACUAACACGGUACCUUAGACUUAGCGCCGCACGGUCUCAAAUUUCAAUUUCAUCUUAGCGCUGCACAGUCUGCACACUGCACAGUCCUCGACUCCUCAGACUUAGAAAGGGGAUGAUGGGGAUCUUAGGUUUCUGAGGGAAAAAAAUUCUGGGGGAGAUUGGAGAAGCAAUUCUGGUGCACAACUGGGCUUCGGUGGUGUUUGUGUUGCACGGAUUGGCUGGUGCACAGCUCAGUGUGACAGUGCGCAGCUGGGAGUCGGUCAUCCCGUCUGGAGUCCAGCCAUCCAGGUAUCUUCGAUUCUUCAACGGCGCAGCAGCAGCAGCAGCGGCACAACCUUGGCCUCUUCUCACGCCACCCCCAUCUUCGUCUUCAACCCACGCAGCAGCGGUCCACGGCCACACCUAGUGGCACACGGCGGCCGGCGCCACGCCCACUUCUCAAGCCCACGGCCACAUCCAGUUUCAAACUUUUAAAGAUGAGUGAGACAGCAGGGGGAAAUGACGAUUUGAUUGACUUGGAAGGGAUGGACUCGGAAAGUUUCGCAAAUGAAGAUGCUAAAACAAAACGAAGGAAAAGGUCAAAUGUGUGGAGUUUCUUUGAGAUGGUUCCCGAUUUUGAUAAAGUUGGUGAUUGUAAGGCACGAGCAAAGUGCAAGAUGUGUGGAGCUACUUACUUGGCAGCGAGUAAAUAUGGAACUGGAAAUUUGAAGCGUCGCAUUGAUACAUGCCCUAGAAGAAAUACAAGAGAUAUUGGUCAGUUGAUGUUGGGGCAAAAUAGUGGAGGAAUUUCGGUAAGCACUUCUAAAUUUGAUCAUGUGCAAUAUAGACAACUUUUGGUAGAAGCUAUUGUGAAGCAUGAUUUGCCUUUCCGAUUUGUUGAAUAUUCGGGGGUGAGAACUUUUAUGCAAUAUGUGCGUCCAGAUAUUCCAAUUAUUUCUAGAAAUACUACUAAGGCUGAUUUGAUUAAGAUUUAUCAUCGGGAAAAAAAAAGGAUUGAAUACAUGUUGAGUAAUGCUCCUGGUAGAAUUUGUCUGACAUUUGACUUGUGGACUUGUCUGAGCACUGAUGGUUAUAUGUGUGUUACAGCGCAUUUUCUGGAUAAGAAAUAAGAUCUAAAGAAAAGGGUUUUAAAUUUUUCUUUUAUGCCACCACCACAUAAUGGCAUAUCUUUGUCUGAGAAAAUUUAUAAUUUGCUAUGUGAGUGGGGAAUUUAAGACAAGAUUUUUGCAUUAACUUUAGACAAUGCUUCUUCAAAUGAUGUGUCGGUAGAGUUGUUAAGAACUCAGCUGAAUAUUAAGAGAGCCCUUGUUUGUGAUGGUGAAUUUUUUCAUCUUCGUUGUUGUUGUCAUAUUCUCAAUUUGGUUGUACAAGAUGGGUUGAAAGCAAUUGAUUGUGCUAUUCAAAAAGUUCGUGACAGUAUCAAGUAUGUCAAGGGAUCACAAUCAAGGAAACAAAAAUUUUUAGAUUCAAUAAAACAGAUGUCUUUGGAUGGUAAGAAGGGGUUGAGACAUGAUGUCCCUACUAGAUGGAAUUCAACUUUUUUUAUGCUUGAGAGUGCUAUUUUCUAUCGUCGUGCCUUUUGUCAUUUGGAAUUAACUGAUUCCAAUUUUAAACACUGUCUAUCAACAUCUGAGUGGGAAAAAGUAGAGAAGAUUAACACUUUUUUGGGAGCUUUUUAUGAUUCCACUUGUGAGUUUUCUGGAACCAAAUACCCUACAGCCAAUUUGUACUUUCCAGCAGUGUUUAUGAUUUAUUUGACAUUAAAACGACACUCUGAAAAUGAAGAUGACUACAUGAGGAAUAUGUCUUGUCAAAUGCUUGCGAAGUUUGAGAAAUAUUGGUCUGAAUUCAAUGUGCUAUUGGCAAUAGUAGUUAUAUUGGAUCCUCGAUACAAGCUUCAUUUUGUUGACUUUUCUUAUACGAAACUUUAUGGAAAUGGUUCCUUGGAGUUUUUAAAUGUUCGUACCAAAAUGACAUCUCUUUUUAUGGAAUAUAGUUCUUCUAGUGCUCCCACAAGUUCUACCACGACUUUUGAAAGAAGUUCUAGUAGAACGGAAAGUGAAUCUUCUUCUGGUAGAUGGAAUAGAGUCAAUACACAAGUAUUUCAGGAAUUUGAUUCAUUUGGAAGUAAUGAAUUUGCUGCCCAUAUGCAAAAAAGUCAGUUGAAGCUGUAUUUGGAUGAACCUAGCACAUAUAGAAAUGCGAAAAUUGAUAUUCUUUCCUUUUGGAAAGGAAAUGAAUUUCGUUAUCCUGAUCUUGCUUGUAUGGCUCGUGAUAUUUUGAGUGUUCCAGUUUCCACAGUUGCAUCUGAAUCUACUUUUAGUGUUGGUGGGCGUAUUAUUGAUCAGUUCAUGAGUGCAUUGAAACCAGAUAUUGUUGAAGCAUUAGUCUGUACAAGAGAUUGGUUAUACGGCGAAGAAGCCGAAGUCGAGGGUAACAUUAUUAUUAUUAAUUUAUUAAAUUCUAUCUUAAUUCUUUUACUAAUGUCAUUUUUUUGUUUCAUAGGAACACAAGAAAUGAACGAGUUAACUGAAAAUAUAAUGGAGUUGGAGAAAAAUACCAAUGAGGACACCACACUUCCUUCAGUCCCUUCUGUGGGUUCAUAAUUUAUUUAUAUUGGUGUGUGUAUCAUCUUAUUUGGAAUUGUAAUAUUAAUAUUUGCAAUGUGUGUUUGACAUAUUUGGUACCCUUGGAUGUAAUGUAACAAGAAUAGUUAGACUUGUGUAGGACCAUAGGUGUUCUAAUUAUGCACUGCAGCACUAUUAGUUUGUUAUUUUGUUGGGACUUUAAUUUUGAUAUAUUUAUUAUUUGGAUUGUAA